AGGCAUUUCUCAAAAGGAUCUCUUCUAUGCUUUCUUCUUUUAUAGAUGAAUUACGUCCCUCGCCCAACGCAACGCCCUUAUUUGGGGCACUGGUUACGUUACCCGGCUCCUUUGCUAGCUUCGUUUCCUUUGGUUCUUUCUACUUCUUUUUUUUUUAAAAGACUAGUUGCUAUGCUAUAGAGGUUCCCUUAUUUCGGGCGAAGUCAGUCUCUUUCUCUUUAGUUUGCUCCAUCCCCAUCCAUUCCCGAGCCUUGAAUCACAUGUCGAGUUGGAACCUGCUCCACACUCCUACAAAGCAUUCCUCAAUAUGUGGACAAUGUGAAUGAGCCUAAGCCCAUUUAGAAGAGGAGGAGCCUCUAGUACGGUAAGCGAGGUGGAUUCGAACCAAUUCGGAAUCAAUCAUCCUACUGACUACAUGAUGGCGAUCCUUCGACCCACCAAUUGGCUAAGCACCGGUUCUGCCCGUUCAGAAGAGCAUCCUGUCAGUGAGAACCUCCGCAAGCAGAAGAACUUUACGAUCCACGUAAGUGGCCUUCCAAAGGAUUGACGUCUAAGUUCUUUCUACAUAGGAAGUCCCGUGGAGAAUAGCGGCCCCGUUCACGUCAUACAAAUCUGCCUUGUCGUUCAAAUCGUUACAUAAUUUCAUCUUAUCUUUUUAGGAAAAAGAGCUUUCGUGCGGUCUCUUAGUCAACUACCUGAACAACAGUUUGAUAGGUCACUCAACGUUAACACUCUCCUCCACCCUCCGCCCGCGAUUGGUCAAAUAGACUGCUUACAGCACAAAUUCUUAUGUUUGAUUGGGCGGUAUCAUACAGAACGAAACGAUUGAUCAAAGUGUGUUACAGGCCAUGGAAAUAGCCUUUUCGAUGAUUAUUGAGUUGGCCUGUUACCUUGUUUCAAAGCUAGCGCCCCUGCUCCUUCUAUGAGUUGGCUACUCCGUUGUACGCUAUCUUUCUCUUCACACCUGGCCCACCCCUAGUCAAGUUCCUUUCUGCUUUUUUUCUUGCUACAAGAUUAGCCUGUUUGGUGUGGUUUGUUACCUAAAAGCACCAUCCUUUCUUAUUGGCCUUAGAGAAGUCUCAUUU